CGCGAUACUGCGCGAUACCGUAUGAUACCGUGUGCCGUCUGUCUGCCCGCUGCCCGCUCUGUAUGGAGCGGCCGAAUGCUUGUGACGGGUUUGCACUUUGCAGUGAGAUCUCGUGAGGAUUAAACGGGCUUGUUGACGCGAUUCGGUGACACGUUUAUCGACUCGAAACGCUAAACGCGGGGAACGUGAUCUCUGUGCCGCUUUCAGAUCGCGCGAGGUCGCACAAAUGGUGCGAUUGCCGCGUAACGCAUAUGCCAGACUGUUGAGAUCCUGCGAGAAGGUCUCCUAAGGGGAGUGCCUUUGACGAUUCCGGUGCGGGCGCGAAACGCGAGGCUCAAAGAGCGAUCUUUGCCAGGCUCGGAAUGGCGGAAAAUCAGGGCAACUCGUCCGGUCAGACCGGUCAAGGUUCUGGCAGAUCUUUCAACUUUCCGCGAAUGGAUUUUCGAACAAAUAAUGACGUUCAGAAUGAGAUGUCGGAAAGGCGAAGACAGCUGAAACUUAGUUUCCAAACACAGGGCAAUAAUUUGUCGUUUGCCAAUUCCACAAAUUCUUCAUUAUCGAAUUCAACAGGAGCCACUGCGUGUCCACCAAUAUCCUCCCGCCCAAGUCUGCCUUUAUCUCUACCUAAGCUGCCAGUCAGACCUCGCAAUAUGUUACAGCAGCAAGAAUUUCUUCCUGAUAAAGCAAGAGACAAACUACGAAUGUGCCAGUCUAUGCAGUCUACUGGUAAAUUACAAUUAUCUACAGACGUAGUGUAUGAUUUCACAAGCGAGGAUCUUCAGGAUCUUGGAGAAAUAGGAAGGGGAGGAUUUGGAACUGUAAAUAAGAUGAUUCAUAGGCUAAGCAAUACUGUUAUGGCUGUGAAGAGAAUUCGCUCUACCGUGGAUGAAAGAGAACAAAAGCAACUGUUAAUGGAUUUAGAAGUUGUGAUGAAAUCGAAUGAGUGCCCAUGUAUUGUGCAAUUUUAUGGGGCUUUAUUUAAAGAGGGAGAUUGUUGGAUUUGCAUGGAACUUAUGGACACGUCGUUAGAUAAGUUUUACAAGUUCAUCUAUGAGAGAUUAAAUGAGAGGAUACCAGAAUGUAUUCUAGGCAAAAUCACAGUGGCCACUGUGAAAGCGCUAAAUUACCUCAAAGAGAAGCUAAGAAUAAUUCACAGAGAUGUAAAACCUAGUAAUAUUUUAUUGGAUCGUCGAGGUAAUAUAAAACUGUGCGACUUUGGAAUAUCUGGUCAGCUUGUGGACUCGAUCGCGAGGACUCGAGACGCUGGUUGUAGACCGUACAUGGCUCCGGAAAGGAUAGACCCGCAACGUGCACGUGGCUACGACGUGCGGAGCGACGUAUGGUCAUUAGGUAUUACACUGAUGGAAGUUGCUACGGGGUACUUUCCAUACCCGAAGUGGAACUCCGUCUUUGAACAACUUUAUCAAGUAGUGCAAGGUGAUCCGCCGCGACUUUCCCCCAAUGAGAAUGGCAAUCACUUCACUAUGGACUUUGUGAAUUUUGUGAAUACAUGCUUAAUUAAGGAAGAGACGCAGCGACCGAAGUACAAUAAACUGCUGGAACAUCCGUUCAUCAGACAAGCUGAGGCAGCGACGAUCGAUGUCGCGGCGUACAUCAGCGGUGUUCUGGACAAUAUGGCUAAUAAUGGAGUGACACCGUUUACUACUAAUCAACCAUAAAAAUCGGUAAUAAAAGCGGUGAGGCGACAACAGGGCAUGUUAUACGUCACAGUAUCUCGGUUUUUGCAAUUCUCUUCAGACUUGCCCUUCGAGUACCGUGAACGAUGUUAUCGCACUCCCAACGAUCUAGCGUAGAUAGCGAAACUGACGAUUGUUUUUUGUCAACGUGCGUCGUCGUCUCAUUUGGAAUUUGUAUUCUUAUGGUCAUGGAAUGACCGUAUACGCAAUAGAAUGAGUAUUGAGAUGUGCGAGCUGACGUCCAUUAAGUAUCAAACGGUGAUCGGUACGCGCGUACGUCUUUUUCUUCUCUUCUUGUUCCGUCAUCCUUUCUUGUCUCUUUCUCUCUCUCCUUGAAUACGAUCCUAAAUACACGUCGCGCUCCGACAGCGUUUCCCUCGGUUUAUGUAAUUCGUAUAAUAGCGCGAUUUAUCUAAUGAAAAUUUGUAGCGUAUCAUACGUAUGCGUAUGCAUGUACGUAUGCACAUAUAUGUAUAUGCGGAUAUGUGUAUAUAUACCUGUACCUGUACCUGUACAGUGGGCCGUAAUUCGUGGUACAAACAAAAGGGAAAUGAUUCAUAUAAAGAUAAAUUGAAAAAAGUGUGACAUUUUUAUAGGCAAAGUGCUAUUUUUGAAAAAAAUUAGAUUUGAAAAUUUAUCAUGUUCACCCUAUUGUUAUUUCUAUUUAUGAUAGUAUUCGUAUGUUUAUGACGGUAAGAUUUACUUUCUACAUCGAUUUAAAUUUCAAGCUUCAUCGUGAGUUGCAUCAUGUCGGUAAUGGAAUAUGCGGACGCAUAUGUCACUCGCAUCGAAACUUGUGAAGCAAUAUUUAUAUCACCAAUGAAUGUUACAAAGAAUUUCCCGUUUGCUAGUUAUUGUCCGAAGAAGCAGUGCGUAGUCCACAAAUCUGAUUUCUUUUUAAAAAAUGACGCUUCAUAAAAAAAAAUAUUCUAGUAUUUUUUUUCUGAUUUAUUUUUAUAUAAUCGCUUUCUUUUUCCAAAUGCAUCACGAAUUACAGUUCAUCUUGUAUAUACGCAUAAUUGUAUCUUGCCUAAAAUCCUGAUUUCCACGAUCUUUUAUAAGGAGCGUUACGGGAAUGCUCGGCGGACUAGUCGCCAAGAUGGUAUCGAGGAUACAUCCGCAUUGGCCGUUUUUGAGGAUUUUCUUAGGACAGAUUUAAAUACGAGUAUCAAAUGUUAGGAGUGCUGUAAUGUAAUGGAAAUAAAUCAUCGACACUCGCAGCUCUUUCAUGAA